AUUCCGAUUUCUCUUUCUUCAAAGUUCUAUCUCUGUUCUGAACCCAAAAAAAAACAAAAAAUUAUGGCUCACACAUCUUCAAGAACCAAAUCGAGUGGACCAGUUCUUCGGUCGCUCUCACCGUCAUCUUCUAGUAGGUUCUGUUCAUAUACCACAUCCAAGACCCCGUUCUCCACGCCUUCUUCGGCUUUUGCGUCUUCUACUAGCUCUAGCUUUUCAACGCCUUCGUCCAGUUUCCACCAUCAUAGUCAUCACCGUUCUGCUUCUCCAACACGUGUCAAUUUGUGCGGUCCAGGUCCGUUGUCUUCCGGAGUCCGGUUCUCCAUCGAUGCGCGUUCUAUUUCACCGAACCGGUCGAUAUCGAAUCAAAUAAUAACGAAGAGUAACCGCCCGAUCUCGAUCCAGAAGAAAUCAUGUAUGUGCUCGCCGACGUCACAUCCUGGAUCAUUCCGGUGUAGUUUGCACAAGAACGCCGCCGCGAACGGCGGAGGGAAUCAUCAUCACGGAGGAGGAAAUCAUCACCUUAACAUGCGCAGAUCUGCUAUGAAGAACUCGUUGGUUCGGAUCGGAGGAGUUGAAGGCGAGUGGGUGAAACGUGCUCUCACGGCGCUUAUUCGUCCGUCGUCGCACCAACAGAGGAGGAGAGCGGGAUUUGAACCUAGACCGAGUCGGCUCUCCGUCAUGUCCAAGGCUGAGGAUAUUUGAUUUUCAAGUUUUCUUUUACAGGUUCGUUGAUGUUGCUGUUUAUGAUCCUGCUACGUUUUCUUAGGCCACGAUCUGGCGCCGGAGGUGGUGGCGGCAGAGCGGUUGCGGUGGUGAUGUAGAUCUCUUCCGGCGAGUUUUGAGGUGUCGUUGGAAAGAAGAUUUUCCUGCGUAGAUCUUAUGAGAUACAGGGAAUUGGUUUUUUAUUUUGUACAUAACAUUUGCUAUGGAAGGCAGAGUCUUGGACAUUUUUUUUUUCUCUGGACCGAAAAGAAAAAGAAAAUUACAUAAAAUUUAAGUUGAAUCCA